GGAAAGGUGAGUAGAGUUGUGGGUAAUGAGUUGUGAGGUCGAUAUCGGAUUUCCAUCCAACCUCCCCCACCGAUUGACCGAUAUAUUAUGAUCAUCACGUGCGAGGAUGAAGAUAAAUCAAUGAUCAAUCCACGGCUUGAUGUAUACCAUGGGACGGAGAAGUUAGCUGUCCCAAUUAUACGGAAAGCAAACAAGAAGAUAAAUAAAAAUCUAGGGCCUCUCAGCUCUUCUCUCCAGUAUCAUGCAUUGAUAAGUUCAUCAAUUUCAUCAAUUUCAUCUAGUUCUACCAAAUUCCGUUGUUAUUGCGUCCCCUCCCUGUUCUCUGCCGUGGGACCCUCCGGUUUCGUUGUCCCCCGCCCGCAUCAGGUGCACGGAAACGCCUUCGGUAUCACGAAACUCCGUCGUUGGCACUCGCUGCGACGGCCGACGCGGCCUUCACAUUCCCAACGAACGGUAAUCGUCUGGGACACUCCAAGUCCAGGUCAUCGGGAUCCGGUUUCUGGAGCGAUUUGCGGCGAUGAUGAACGCCACAUUCGCCCAUGGUGCAGCAUCGGUCCCCAUUACCCCAACAGCGGAUCGGCCACGUUGAAUAGCAGGAGAAUGAUACGGGCGAUCGUCCUGGACGGUCCAAUUGUCACGAAGCAGUGACAGCAGUAGUACCACCAGAACGGUGCAAGCGGCGCGGGCAGGUUCCGGUCAUUGGAUCCCAAUGAGAUCGCAGAUCGCGGGAGCCUGACUGCCCAAAUUCCAGAACACACCUUACGAUUCGAUUUCACAUCGGGGUUGCGG